CCUUUCUCCAAAUUGAAGACGGCGAGAACGGAAUGCCGAAGCCCAAACGCAGACAGUUCAACAACCUUCAGGCUCCUACAUCAGCAAGCACUGUUCUGCCUUGCUGUCCCUCGCCUUUGCACACCGUCCUCAAGCGCGGUCGACCUCUGCGACUCACAACAUGUCUCAAUGUCUGCGUCUAGGUCGUCCCGUUCUCGCCCUUCCCUCUCCGAACCCUGUCCUGCGCGCCCACUCGAUAUCCCGUCAUCCGGUUCAGUCCACCACCGCGCCUUGAACUUCGUGGAAUGAGCCUUUACCGCAAACUUGAGUCUCUAAACAUUGUAUUGAGAUGCUGGGGAGAUUGAUUCAAGGCUACGCCAGAGGUAGCCAGCUUGAGAGUGCUACGGAAGAAACACACACCCGCAGUCUGCUCUGGCCAGAACUGCAUGCGGAUGGACGUGGUGGAUCUCUGUCACCACCGACUACUCCAUAUGGCUCUCCUACGGCCCGUGUCUCGCCCUUCGAUGAUCGAAUUGGACUGGAGUUGAACGAGUCCAAGGACUUGAGGUUGAUUGUCGCCCAAGAUGCCUUCGGAACGAACGACCGCCCUCUGCUACUCUUUGACACCCAAUAUGUCGAGUCCAAGGAGCCCAACUUGUGCCAACGGACAAACGUCCCCUCUCCUGCCGCCGCCGGAACAUCUCACCGUGCAGGCUCUGGGAUUCCCAUCCUGGGACAUGUGAGGAAUCGAAGUUCUACUAUUUCAGGAGUGUCGGCAUCUUGGGCACGCCCUCAUAAGGAGUCGGAGCCCACGGACCACCUCGGCAACGUUCUAGAUUGUAUGUUUGGCGUCAGCAGUGCUACGAAGUCUGGAUCCAGUACAAAAUUACACUUCCUACCGGGCGAUCGAAGUCCUGCAAGCGACCUAAGUUCACGGGCGCCAUCUUCAAACUUACCCGGCAUGGCGCCUUCUCGUGCUCCCCUCUUGCGAGCGAGGACUGCUACGACUACUGUCAACAACCAGGGUCAAAACAACCCUUCAAAGGAAUCCGAGCCGGAACCGCGGGACGCCGUUCUGGUCACUCGCAUGUUUUCGGUUACGCUUCCUGAGGCCCAGGAUGAUCUAAGGCAGCGCCGAAGGUCUUCUGCUGAACAUGCCAACUCAAUCAAUCCGCUUUCUCAUGGUCCUGAACACCAGAUGGGCUCGCCGCUGCAAAGCAAGAAGCCGAAACUCGUAGAGAAAAAGACCCCAGUCUUUGCCAUCGGCUUGCUAUUCUACUUGCCGCGCCCUGGCGACGUGCGUCCAAACACUUCAUCAGCCCGCCCAUCAUCAAGAGCCUCGUUUACGCCGUCAUCGACCCCAAAUUCCUAUGGAUCAGGCUCCUUUUCUUCCUGGACAUUCCUGAAUGCCAUUCCCGAGCACUUGUGGUCCGACGAGGCUUCCAGCCAGCUGACUGAUCGUGGCAUUGAUAUCAUUGUCAGAAACUGGGAAGUUAUUCUGAGGAGCCUUACGGUUGUUGAGAUUCUAGCGCGUUCCGAGAUUGGCGAGCUUUUGCAGGAAGUGAAUCUGGCGCUGAUCACUUCCGCUGCAAAGGCACCAAAAGGUCCGUCGGAGCAACGUACGAACCAGCGUAACGUCUAUCUUCGGUCUCCCAACAGAUUGGUGCAGGUGUCCGAGCUGCAACGCGCAGUGAGGCAUACGUUAUGGAGAGUUUCCUACGCACUGCGUAUUCCGCGGGUUCUUACUGGCCUAGGGCUUGACAACGGAGGCCAUUGGCUCGACGAAGCACGGUAUCUUGUCCGAGUAUGCGGAAAUAAACAGCAAAACUUCUUUCUUUUCAACCUCUUGACUGCUUUUCUCGGAAACCAUACUGAAUGGCUUGAAAGGUUAGGGCCAGAGUGGUACCGAAGACAAUUCAGGACUUUGAAUAAGGGGAAAUCUCAACCUAACAACGUUGCGUCUCGGACAGUCAUAGUCUGCGAAAACCGAUCAAUGGCUCGCCGCAUCAUCUUUUUACUGGCCUCAUUCUUGCCGCGCAGCGCAAUCACGAAGUUCCCUACGGAGGUCAUGUCGCCUCUGCUCACGCCCGAUAUCAACUCCUCUUCGCCAGUCAAAAGGAUCCUCAACGAAGGAUCCCUUCGUCGUCAUGCUCAUAACAAGUCCCGAGACGGAAACGCCAUGUUUUGUCGCCGCGAUGGUGCUGGGUUGUCCAGUAGCGUCUCAUCGACCGAGAGCGCCAGUGGCAUUGCUAAAGCCUUCCGCAGGAGUUCUCGGUCGAGAUUCACCAAUGCUGAGCUCACCCUAGGCAUGAGACAUACGCCCGUGUUUUCUCCGGCGGAUAAUGGCGGUGCCCUCCACAAGACAAAUGCCACUAGUUCGACAGCUACACCCGGUAUGGGCACACCUGUACCGCACUUUGCGACAAAGGCCGAUGACAGCUACUUUCCGGAAGGUGCAGUCAUGGACGGUGAAGAGACUGGUGCUAGCGCUGACCUUGCUCGAAUUCUGAGGCGCGACAGCGUGAGUCAAUCACAGUCCCAUCAAUCGAGUAUGAAUUGGGGCUCGUUGAUCAGCAACGUUUCUGGUCUGUGGAACAGAAGACAAGAUUCCACCGCUUCAACGAAUGAAAUCACAAGUUCGCCUGGCUCCGGGAGCCUGAGCGAUCGUCGCAGACUUGCUCCCAGAUCAGUCCCAAUCCAUGGCAGACGGCCAAGCCCACUGGAAGCCAUGGUUGAUGAAGCCGGGCGCCUGCGAAAGAGUAAAAUCCUAGGCCAAGACGAUGAUCUCGCAAGCGCGUAUAGACCAUCAACAUUCCCGAGCGAAGUACACCCCCCACGACUCACAGUGGACGAGAGGGAUGGAGUUGUUGAUGUGGAUAUCAACAUUCCUGGUUUUAUAGGCUGGAACGAAGGGAAAGGCUCUUCUCCCCCAUCAUGGCUGCAUCAUCGUUCGCCGUCUUUUGCAAGUGUGGAUGAAGCGGGCUCGACGUACAGCUCGCACUCGCGUCACACCGAUUUGACAGGAUCGAAAACCUCAAACGUUGCAGGUUAUCUAAAACGAUUUCAUGAAGACUUUAUCCUACAGGGGGUCAAGCCGUAUACCGAGCUUCAAGACGAGAUCAGGCAAAGCAUGUCAAGAGAGCCGACCCCUUCUGAUGACAUAUCCAUUUCGCCAUCAGACGCGCAAGACGGGACGGAACAGUGGGUUACCGUUUGCACCACAUUACUUGCCGACCUGCGGAACUUUACCAUUCAACGUCUGACUUUAAAGCGAUUGGCAAAACGGGGAACUGGAAGCGAUCCUGCCACAGGCGCGCAGAGCCAGUCAAGAACAGAAAACAACUCGGGAAUUCCUGGGGCAUCAUCCAAUGUCCAGCCAGAGUCAGUGACUCAGUUGGAACAGUUUGACAGUGAGAUAGUUAUGGACUUCGAUACAACACUGACUGAUGCAGUCGAACGUGUUCUGAACGAGACAGAGCCGGGAAAACAGAAGUCGGUAGCUCCAACCAGGACACACUCUCGAACUGUGUCUGCCGCCACUACAUCUUCCGUGAAGUCGCUGCCAUUGGAGAUCUCGGGCCCCGGCAAGCUAAGGGACUGGUCUCGCACAACCCCGUUGUCGCAGUCAGAUUGUCGACAAGUAGUGGUGGGUGCUCUCGAGGAGGUGGUGAAGAGUGUCAAUGAUGAUUUGUCCAAGUAUAGCAGAGGACGAGACGCUGGUGGCCACGUCAAGAUCAACGGUGAUGCUUUGAAUCAGGAAAUGAAGCAGGAUAAUGUGUUACGUGAGGGAGUGAAGAGGUGGCUCCUCAAUGUCGAGACGAGGAGUGUGUGGUAGGAGUACUGGAGGGAUGCCAGGGAUGGACAUAUGAUGAGUGACGAUCUUCCCCUGCCCACAGCGACGAUACCCUUUAGAGCGCAUGUAUUAUUAGCGUCUUAGAAUCUAGACGUACCAACAACUAUACGAAGGUGAUUGUAACAAUCAAUAGUCACCUACAAUUAGACUUGUUCGGUUCGCUUUCG